CCCUGCGCAUUAACUUCCCCUUAUCUCUGCACUAUACCGCUCUUUUGAAACCUUCCAUCCAUGGCACCGGCAUUAAUGGUAGUUGUUUGGGAAUGGUUGUUUGGUGAAAAUAAAAAACAACCCAAUAACUAUAGAGCAAAAGGGUAGAUGGGACUGCUCUACUCUUCUGUUUUCUUCUUUUGUGUUGUUUUCCAAUUUCAGAUCAGGCUUUUCACGUGGGGACUAUGGAGAUAGAGGUGACUACUAGUAGUAGUAAUCAGAAACACGGCGGUGCUGCUGGCAGCGGUGGCAGCAGCACGUAUCAUGAGAAGGCAGUGUAUGGCGUUAGAGGGAAGGGUAUAUACUUGGUAUGGGAGGAUCUGAAUGUUGUGCUGCCAAAUUUUGGGAAUAAACCCACCAAAAGGUUGCUUCAAGGGCUUAAUGGGUUUGUUGAACCUGGUAGGAUCAUGGCCAUCAUGGGUCCAUCUGGCUCUGGAAAAUCCACACUUCUUGACUCUCUUGCAGGUAGACUCUCUAGAAAUGUGGUCAUGACCGGAAAUAUUCUUUUGAAUGGGAAGAAGAGAAGACUAGAUUAUGGUGUUGUUGCUUAUGUGACACAAGAGGAUGUGAUGUUGGGGACUCUAACAGUUAAAGAAACCAUAGCCUAUUCAGCACAUCUAAGGCUCCCAAAUAACUUGACCAGAGAGGAAAUAAAUGACAUUGUCAAUGGAACAAUCAUGUCUAUGGGUCUCCAAGACUGUGCUGAUACUGUGAUAGGAAACUGGCAUUUGAGAGGUAUCAGCGGUGGGGAGAAGAAGAGACUGAGCAUAGCACUUGAGAUCCUCACAAUGCCACAAGUUUUGUUCCUUGAUGAACCUACUAGUGGCCUUGACAGUGCCUCUGCUUUCUUUGUAAUCCAAACUCUCAGGAGCAUUGCCCAGGAAGGAAGGACAGUGAUCUCUUCUAUUCAUCAGCCUAGCAGUGAAGUUUUUGCAUUAUUUGAUGAUCUUUUCUUGCUCUCUGGUGGUGAAACUGUUUAUUUUGGAGAAGCAAAGAUGGCAUUAGAGUUCUUUGCUGAAGCUGGAUUUCCCUGCCCCAGAAGAAGGAAUCCCUCUGAUCACUUCCUGCGUUGUAUUAAUUCAGAUUUCGACACUGUAACAGCAACAUUGAAAGGUUCUCAAAGACUUCGGGAAGACCCAACAUCAUCAGAUCCUUUGGUGAAUAUGGCGACUGCACAGAUCAAGGUAAUGCUUGUCGAAAGGUACAGGCGCUCCAAGUAUGCAAAAAGAGCAAAAGCUAGGAUUGAAGAAAUAUCCAACAUUGAAGGAGAUAUAGUGGAAACAGAGAGCCAGAGUAAAGCAACAUGGUUGAAGCAGCUAUCAACAUUGACAAAGCGAUCAUUUGUUAACAUGUGGAGAGAUGUGGGAUAUUACUGGGCAAGGAUAGUGAUAUACAUAGUUGUGUCCAUCUGUGUUGCUACCAUAUUCUUUGAUGUUGGCCAUGGCUAUACCUCAAUUCUUGCCAGGGUAGCUUGCGGUGCUUUCAUAACAGGAUUUAUGACAUUUAUGUCUAUUGGAGGCUUCCCAUCCUUCAUUGAAGAAAUGAAGGUUUUCUACAAAGAAAGACUUAGCGGUUACUAUGGAGUUGCUGUAUACAUUCUAUCCAACUUCCUCUCUUCAUUCCCCUUCUUGGCUGCUAUUGCACUUGUCACUGGGACAAUAACGUUCUUCAUGGUAAAAUUCAGAACAGGAUUUUCGCAUUAUGCCUUCUUCUGUCUCAAUAUCUUUUUCAGCAUUGCUGUUAUAGAGAGUCUGAUGAUGGUUGUGGCUUCACUGGUUCCCAAUUACUUGAUGGGGAUUGUAACUGGGGCUGGUAUUAUGGGAAUCUUAAUGAUGACUUCUGGAUUCUUUCGACUGCUGCCUGAUCUCCCAAAACCAUUCUGGCGAUAUCCUGUUUCGUAUAUUAGUUUUGGUGCUUGGGCACUUCAGGGUGCCUACAAAAAUGAUUUCCUUGGUCUUGAAUUUGAGCCUCUCUUUCCCGGAGGACCAAAACUAUCAGGAGAGUACAUUGUUUCAAAGAUAUUCGGGGUUACUGUAUCUCGUUCCAAGUGGUGGGACUUAUCUGCAGUGGUACUCAUUCUUGUAAGUUACCGCCUUCUCUUCUUCAUCGUCCUGAAAUUCAAGGAAAGAGCUUCACCUUUGUUUAAGGUCAUUUACGCAAAGAAGACUUUGCGGCAUCUUCAGAAGAGGCCUUCUUUCGGGAAAAUUCCUUCUUUUGCUUCUAAGAGGCACCAACCUCUCUAUUCACUGUCCUCUCAAGAGGGCCUCAACUCUCCUCUGCACUAGAAGCACAAACAAAAACCAUGUCAUAUUUUGAGUUUAAGCUAUCAGAUUGCUCUAAUGUAGUUUCUGAGAGUUCUGUAAUUCUUGCUUAUAGAGAAACAGACAUGAAAAAUACAUUCAAAAGUUAAUGAUGGAUUUGUACGUACAAGGGAUGUUUUCCUUUUUAGUCAAGAUAAUGAACAUGAUUUUGUGGU